CGCGCUGCCCGCGCCCGCCCCCGGGGGCCCGGCGGAGGGCACGGGAGGGCACAGCCCCGCACGGCCCCGCACAGCGCUGCGAUGGAGCGGGCGGCGGGCGAGGCCCGGCCCCUGCUGCCAUCCCCGGGGGGCUCCGCCGCGCUCCCCGCCCCCGGGCUCUCCUCCGCCGGCGCCGUCUUCAUCCUGCUCAAGUCUGCGCUGGGCGCGGGGCUGCUGAGCUUCCCCUGGGCCUUCGGCAGAGCCGGCGGGGCCGUGCCCGCCCUCCUGGUGGAGCUGGGCUCGCUGGUGUUCCUGGUGAGCGGGCUGGCCGUGCUGGGCUAUGCGGCGGCUCUCAGCGCCCAGCCCACCUACCAGGGGGUGGUGCGGGCGGUGUGCGGGGCGGCCGUGGGGAAGCUCUGUGAGCUCUGCUUCCUCCUCAACCUCUUCAUGAUCUCCGUGGCCCUUCUGAGAGUGGUGGGCGACCAGCUGGAGAAACUGUGCGACUCCCUGUACCCCAAUGGGACGCUGAGCGGGGCCCCCCAGCUGCCCCCCUGGUACGUGGACCAGCGCUUCACCCUCUCUGCUCUCUGUGUCCUCGUCAUCUUCCCGCUCUCUGUCCCCAGGGAGAUUGGCUUCCAGAAGUACUCCAGCAUCCUGGGCACACUGGCUGCCUGCUACCUCACUCUGGUCAUCAUCCUGAAAUACUACCUGCAGGCAGAGAGCCUGAGCUUGACCAGCCCCCCCCAGCCCUCCAGGUCUUCCUCCUGGGCCUCUGUCUUCAGUGUCAUUCCCACCAUCUGCUUUGGCUUCCAGUGCCACGAGGCGUGUGUGGCCAUCUACAGCAGCAUGAGCAACCAGAGCUUCUCCCACUGGGUCACCGUCUCUGUGCUCUCCAUGCUCGUCUGCCUACUCAUCUACUCCCUCACGGCAGGGCUCUAUGGCUACCUGACCUUCGGCGAGGCCGUGGCCUCCGAUGUCCUGAUGUCCUACCCCGGGAACGACCCGCUCGUCAUCGUCGCCCGCCUGCUCUUCGGCGUCUCCAUCGUCACCAUCUACCCCAUCGUGGUGCUACUGGGCAGGUCGGUGGUGAAGGAUUUGUGGGCAGCCCCCAAGCGCGGGGCCGCGGCGGUGUCUGAGGCGCAGGAGCGGCGGGGCCGGGUGGCACUGACUGUCACCUGGAUGGGCACCACCCUCGCCAUCGCCCUCUUCGUCCCUGACAUUGGGAAAGUCAUCGAGCUCAUCGGGGGCAUCAGUGCCUUCUUCAUCUUCAUCUUCCCAGCAGGGCUGUGCCUGGUGUGCAUGACUGGGACCCGCAGCCUCGGACCACGCAAAAAGGCUGCUCUCAUCGCCUGGGGUGUCCUCUCCGUGCUGGGCGGUGCCUUUGUCUGCGGGCAGAGCGCUGCCCUGGCCGUGCUGGGGCUGCUGCGCUGAGGGCUCACAGCCCCACCGGGACUCCCACCAGGACCCCUCCUCCAUGGCCCCCUCCUCCAUGGCCCCUCCACCGCCUCCCCCAGCCCACGGCCCCGGACAGACCCCGGACACAGCACUGGAUCCCAUCAGGUUUAUUUGGCAUCACGGCCCCGUUGUACAGUGGCUAAUAAAGACAGGACAGGGUAUCAGAGAGGGUCCUGUGCCACACACCCCGAGGGACCCCCGUGCACGGGGGGCUGGGUGCAGGAUGGGCACGGACAGACAGACACACAGACAGAAGUACAGACCCCAGGAAGGGGGUGGGGGGGCAGCCACCCUCACGCCUGCAAGGCACUCACUUGGACUGCACAAGGAAACCCCUUGGGACCCUCCCUGCCCAGAAAAGACUAAGGGUUGCCUUGAGAGCAGGGAUCAUUCCCCCUUUGCCACCACCUUGACUCCCCCAGGCACACACACACUGUGCCAGGCACAGCCUCAACUCCCCCAGCCCCUUCCCUGGGUGGCCCUGGGAACUAGCACGGACCUCCAACAUACUCCCUGCUUUCAGGAGGGGCUCCAGCCUCCCACUCCCACCUCUACUUCCCAAUACCUGGCUGCCUGCACCCUGCCCAUCCCUGCCUGCCUAUGUCUGGGGGAUGUCCCCCUCCCCAACCCCUGCCAGCCCCUCCCUGACAGACCUUCCCUUCCCAGGGACCACCUCAUGCCAGGGAGAGACGAUCCAGGUGAUGGGGUAGCUGGGGGAGGACUCUAUGGGGUGGUGGGGACACACAUGGGGGUUUCCUUCACUCCAGUCAGGUCACACCCACUCCCCACCAUGCAGGGGGUCACGGCCACCCUGCAGAGGGGCCGGUCUGGCGGCCCCCGGCACCGACGGUCAGUCUCUGCUCAGGGUGCACCAGGCAGCUGCAGGGGAACAGCACAGAAGGGUCACCCCUGCCCAGCCCACCCCAACCCCCCUGCCCCAGCCAGCCCAGGCCCCCUGCCCACCCCUGACCCCCAACCACUGGAGUGGGGCUGGCUGCCAGGGGCUCCCCGUCCCCCCCAGGGCAGGGCACUGCCCUCCUACCUGGCACUGCCACGCUGGACACGGCCUCGGGCUGGCUCAGCGUGUCCACCUUGACGUGCUGGAAGCCCUUGCAGGUGGCACUCUGCAGGUGCCUGCAUCCAGGUGGGACAGUGGGUGACCCCCCACCCCAGAAACACCAUCCCAGCCCCCCACAGCUCCGUGGGCUCAGGCAGGGGCCGGGUGCCAGCAAUCCCACUCACCUCCCCUUUAGCACAGCACCCUGCCUCGCUUCAGGACAGUGAUGCCUCCCACAUGCAAAGGCAUCCCCAGGUGGGAGGUGCAGAGAAACCCACCCCAAGCCCCUGUCCCAUUUACAGGGACAACCCCAGGACAGACAGACAGCUCUUUGGCCCUGCUGUCAGACAGGGGACAGAGCAAGGGGCUCAGCAGCUCCAACAACCCUCCACACCCCAGCAUCCCACCAAAAAAAUGGGCUUUUUGCACCCCCUCUCCUACCUCUUCCAGUCCUCCUCGGUCUCCCAGAACUCGUAGACGAUGAAGGUGACACCAUCAGGCAGCUUCACCGCGGUGACACUGCCACAGGCAGGGAGAGGGGGUGAGCCCCCAGCACGGGGCAUCCCUGCCCCCUCGGCCCCUGCAGCCACAGCUGUGCUGCAGGCUGGGCUACCGAGGGGUGACCCAGCCCUGACAGCCCAGGGAGGGGCAGCCCCCCAGCCCAGCACUCCCCAGCCCAUGCAGAGGGGUGUUGGUGACCGAGCACGACCACAUCCCACAUCUGGGCUGUUCUGCCCAGUCCUUCACUCGGUGGGGUGCCCUUUGCUGCAAGGGCAGCUGAACAUCCUCGGCCCCCCAGCCCUCCCAGCACCCCCCGUGCGGCUGCCGGUGGUACCCACUGGAAGCAGUCCCGCUCCCCGGCCACGCUCUUCAGGUACUGCUUCAGGGAGCUGCAGAACUCGCCCAGGUGCUUGUGCGACACCGUCAUCUCGUUCCGCACCAGGAGGAGGUACUGCCGGCCCCAAACAGCACACGUGAGCCCCGGGACACGGGGACCCCGAGCCUGGGGCUGCAGGGACCCCCAGCCCCCGGAGGAGUCGGGCACACUCACCGUGCAGGCGGAGCUCUCGCUGUCCGACAGCCGCUGGUGCAGGUCAAACCACAGCGUCUGCAAAGGGAGGGAGCAGUGCUGGGGGGGUGGAUUGGCUGAGGCUGCCUGUGGGUUUCUGUCCCCUGCCCAGUGGGUUUCUGUGCCCAGCACCUGGCAUGUCUGGCUGUGCCCCCUUCUCUGCAGGGGACAGCUCCAAGAGCCAUUUGCACCUUCAUGCCCUGCAGGACCCUCUGCAAGAGCUCCCCGUGCUCCCAGCACAGCCAACAUCCCCAACACCAUGUCCUUGCCCCUGCCCCAAAACAGCUGUCACUUUUUCACAGUCCCUGAACUGUCCCUGGAAUGGCAGGACCAGGGGUACCCACUCCUCCUCACUGCCCUCUCACCCUUCCUAGCUCUGGCACAGUCUUAGCCUCUCUGGUAACCACACUCACAGUCAAUUGUUCCACAUUCCAUAGCUGCUGUCAGCUCAUCAGAAAGAAUAUCCUCCAGCACCACCAGCAACCCACCCGUGGUCCCUGCACACAACAGCACUGGGAUGGGCAUGGCCACCUCUUGGUCACCUCUGGCCCAACGUAGCAGGGAGGUAGUGGGGCUGUGGGGACACCCCAGGGACAGUCCCACACAGGGAAACACUAGCUCUUACCUUGUCCUCCAGCUUGCCAAUCAGCUUGGCCAGCCUGUUGAUCUGCCCUUCCAACCCCUCUGCCUUGGUGUCGGGGGAACCUGCAGAGAGCAGGAGGCAGUGAUGGGGUGAGGGGCACUGUGGGCACUCCCUGAGAGCCCCGUGCUGCUGCUGGGACUGCAGCUCCCGUCCCUGAGCCCUCCCAGCCACCCCAGGCAGCCACCACUUACCAGCCUGGAGGUUCUUGCCGUGCUCUCUGGGGACCACCCAGGUGGUGGGAGCGUAGCUGGGCACAGGGCUGUCGUACCAGGGGUCACUCAGGCCAUGGCCAGCCUUGCUGGGGUAGUGCCUGCAGCCAGAGAGCACAGGGGCAGUCAGGAUGGCAGAGCUGGCACGCCCAGCACAGCACGAGCCAGCCCCAGGGAGCCAACAGUCCUGGCAGCUCUGCCAGUGAUGCCAGACCCUCUGCAGAGCAGCAGUGCCCACACUGUGCCCAGGCAGUGCAGGCUUCCCUCCUGUAACCACAGAGGGAGAGGCUGAGCAGCUCAGAGGGUUUCCAGAGUCCCUUCCAGCCAGGAGCAGCUCUGUGCUGGCUGACCAAGGUGCCCAGGAGCCCCAGCUCCUCUUGGCACCUUUUGUGGUCACACAGCUCCCAGCUGGAAACGGGGUGAGUGCCAGGGAGCUGACGGGCAUCACACCAGCCAGCGUCCUCCUGCCCCUCCCCUGGCUCCUCCAAAACACAGCUGCCAGGUGCCCUUUCCCAGCCACCCCACAGAGUCCUUGGGUGCUGCAGGAGCAGUGCCCAGGCUGCUGCUGGCCCCAAAAAUCAGCCAGUGUGGACUCAACCCUACACAGGGGAACACAAUGUGCAGAUCUGGUCCCAAGGAACGUCCCCAAGAUAAGGAAGCAAGAACAACAAUAAAGGUGGCAGGAACAUCCUUUUGCUGUGCAAUAAUCCUGGUGCUGGAUAAUCCCCUGUCAAUAGGCAGGAAAUUAGGUGAAAACACACAGAGAUUUAUUUUAAUCACAAUUUAAUGAGGUGUUUCAAGCUUGGACCUCUGCCUUUGCAUUUUGGUGUUCAGCCCUUUAUUUUGGUGCUUUUUAGGCCACCUCUUUGUCUUCAUGUGGAUGCAGGAGAUAGAUUUUUUUGGGGGACUUAUUUUUCUUUUUGGCUAUUAUCUUAGUGAGAAAACAACUACAAUACUCCUCAUUAUGAACCAGGCCCACACAUCAGAAAUAAAAGCCAGCAAAGUCUUUCAGAGGCUCUAA